AUGGCGUUCGCAUUCCGUUACCAGCCUCUGAAGGGCCUCUACAUGCUGGGCAGCAUCCUCGUCCUGCUCUUCAUCCGCCUUCCUGUUUGGACAAUCCUCGGCCUCGUCCCGUCGUGGCGCCCCCUCCCCACAUGGUCGCUCGGACGUUCCCUCAUCGUCCAGGCAUUCCAGGCAUAUGUCGCCAUCCUUUACAACACCGCAAUCGACACUCCUUCACGUCCUCCCGAGAACGCUCCCGACGCGCGUGCCUCGCCCGGCGAGAAGGUCGUCUAUCACUUCCACGGCGGUGCCUUCAUCAUGGGAUCUGCGUCGCCAUCAGACCCCGGCUCAAAGACAUGCUUCACUGGCUACAUGGAGCACUUCCCCAACAACCCGCGCGUCUUCGGGCUCGAGUAUCGUCUGACGCGGGGACAUCCGCUCGGGAGGGCAAAUCCGUUCCCUUCUGCCCUCAUCGACGCUAUCGCCGGCUACCGCUAUCUGGUGCAGGACGUCGGGUUCGAGCCGCAGAAUAUUCUGCUGAGCGGUGAUUCCGCGGGCGGGAACCUUGCGUUUGUGCUCGCGUACUACCUCGCGACAUACAAGCUACCGAACUUACCGAAUGCAGGUGGAUUGCUGAUCUUGUCACCCACGGUGGACUGGGCGAACACCCACAAGGGCGCGCAGUCGUCGAUGGUGCGACACUCGCGCACAGACUAUGUUGGGCCGAUCCUCAACUCGGGGUACACGAGGGAUGCGUUGGUGGGUGACUUGCCCGCGGAGGCGGCGUCGAGCGUUUGGAUCUCGCCUGCGUCGCUGAAGAUGAAGGUGUCGACGGGAAUGUUCUCGCAGAUUCCGCGUACAUGCAUUGUGGUUGGCGGAGAGGAGAUGACGCUGGAUCCUGUGGUGACGCUGCGGGACCGGCUGCAAGCGGACAUGGGGAAGGAGGCGGUGACAUACAUCGAAGCGGUCGAUUGCACGCACGACUUCCUGAUGAUGGGAUGGCACGAGCCUGAGAGGACCAAUGUGCUGCGUGAGGUUGCGGUGUGGGUGGAAAAGCUCUGGUCAUCGGCGUAAUGAGCUAGGCGUGGCUACGUUCGCUUGUCGCUUGGAUGUUUUCCUCAUCAUGUCUUGUUGCAUCAGCGUGGCAAUUUCUGUUGGGUUUUCAUGGGUUGGCUGUAAUUUCUGUCCUUGGUAAUUGGAUUGGGUUCACAACGGUAGUUCAGGCGAAUAGGCCAUGUCAUUAUGUAUGUAAAUUAAGUCAUGAAGACUGUUGGGACAAUGUU